AUGGCUGGUAGUAAAGGGGAUCGCCUCGCUUCUCGCUUCGGUCAUCCAGCAUUGUACAAACCACUCAUCACACCUAUGGUUCAUGCCCGAGCUCAAAAUAUCUUAGCUUCAGUCUAUGGCGGUCGUCUUACAGACUCUAACAAUCCAGGUUCGGGGGAUAAUAUGUUGGUUUCCGGAUAUUCAGAUACGUUUGCCUUGUAUCCUAUGCGUGUUGGACAACCAGGUCGCUCCGCAAAAGGUGCUGUACCUGGAGCGGAAUUUGCAGAGGAACAUGGUGGUUCAGGUGGAAUUUUCGGAAGAGCGGAAGAUAUUAUCAGGACGGAUGCUCCUGGUAGCUCGCGGUGGGGUCCAGAUUCAAGGCCGGGUACACCGCUUCAUUCAGGUGGUAUGGGAACACCAACAUUACCAAAUUUCAUGUCAAGUCCUAGACCAGGAACGCCAGAUAGUGUGAGAGGAGAUAUAGGAAUGAGUGGAGGAAUGGGCAUGAGAUAUUUCGGAGACAGGAAAGGUAGUUCGGGAGAAACGAUGAGCUUAGUAUAUGGGGCGCAAGAUAUGCCUGCGAGUGCUGUACCUGGAGUGCAGGAACGAGCACCGGGUUUCUUGGGUGGUGGACCUCAAGGUUAUGGUAAUUUACCGCAGGAGGAUUUGGAUGGAAGGGGGAGUGUCGAUCAUGACCCUAUGGAUUAUGAUUAUUUCCGUUCGAGGAGGACUAGAAAGGAUUAG